AUGAUCGGCCUGUAUAUACUGAUAGCGCUGCUGCUGUGGGCGCCCAUCGCGUCGCACUCGGCAUCCGAAUUGGACUGGGUCACCGUGUGCAAUCAGCAGACGUGCCGGUGCAAAUGGGUCAGUGGCCAGAAGAUGGCCGAGUGCAUCAAUUCGAGCCUCACCAGCAUACCCAAGACCCUGAGCAACGAAGUGCAGGUGCUCGACCUGACCAACAACAAAAUACUGGAGAUAAAUAAGGACGCGUUCCGGGAGGUGGGCCUGAUCAACCUGCACAAGCUGAUCGCCCGCAAUUGUUCCAUCGAGCUGGUGGACAAAGACGCGUUCCGUGGCCUGGAGAUACUCAUCGAGCUGGACCUGUCCAACAACAACAUUCACGUGCUACACCCGACCACGUUCCGAGACCCAUUCCGGUUGCGCAAGAUCUACCUGAACCACAAUCUCAUACAGCGGCUGCGGAACGGUCUGUUCAGCAACAUGUCGUUCCUGCAGACGGUCGAGCUUAAUUCGUGCCUAAUUACGGACAUUGAGCCCAAGACAUUCUACAACAUCACCAAGUUUAAUAGCCUGGAGCUGAGCGGCAACCAGUUGGCAAACAUUAAGGCCGACGUCCUGUACUCCGUGCCGAGUCUGAUGAACUUGGGAAUCACCAACAACCCGUGGCGAUGUGACUGCAAGCUUAGGCCGUUCAUGAACUUGGUCAUGAACAAAAAUCUAUACAUCAAAACAGCGUCGUGCACCGAACCACCGAGACUGCUGAACAAGCUGUGGGGCGACAUCAAACCUGACGACUUUGCAUGCCAGCCGAUCAUCGAGUAUCCCGCUCAGAGUUCCACGUUCCAGCUGGAUGACGACGAGCUGAUGACGAUCGGUUGCAAGAUAAACGGAGAGCCUAUGCCCAGCGUCCAGUGGGUGUUCAACAACCGGCCCAUAUCGAAUUAUUCGCACGGUGAUUACAAAUUCACGGUGUACGAAAGCGUGGACAACACCAUGGCCAAGUGGAUCAACCUGACCGUGUCCCGGUCCCGGUUGAUUGGGAAGUCCGAAUUCAAAUGCAUCGCGCAGAACCCCGCCGGGUUGGAAGAGCGCAAAAUCACCGUCAUUGUUCAGGGCGGCGGUAGCAAGGGCAUCCUAGGUAGUACGGUCAGCGUGAAAGAAUCGCUGCCCAUCAUCAUCGGCCUGGUGGCUGGCAUUUUCAUCAUAAUUCUCUUGUUGAUCGUUUGCUGUCUGUGCUGUUACCGGCGCCGACCGGCAGGCAGUGGCGUGCUGUCGAAGAAAUCGCACGCCAACGGCUUUUCCAACGGCGACGUGCCCAACCAUCACAACCACGUCACAUCUCUAGUGUCCGAACCGUCUGAACAGCAAAAGAGCCUUUUGGCCGUCGUGAACCCGGUUCAAAAGCCGCCCAGGAGAUAUGAAUCGUCGCCGACUGGCACCGAAAUGACCGAACUGAAGAGGAAUUUACUGGACGAGACGUCCGUCAGUGGCGAUGCGGACGAACAAUUUUAUGGUGAGUCAGGUGACGAGCUGGCCAACAUCAUCGACAGCAGCGGCAUAAGUAACGGCGUGGGCAACGGCCGUUCUUACCGGAAGGGCACGCACCCACCCGACCUGUUGGCGUUUCCCCGGGGAAGCGGUGGCGGUGGCGGCCACAGUUCACCAGCCGGCAGCGUAGUGUCCACGGUCCCAUCGUUCCAGUCGCCGUUGCACAGUCCCAUCUACUCAGGAACGUUGCCGUACAACCGGUCCCAAUCUCCGUUCAGCUCGCGUCCCGCUCAGCCGCCCGCCGGUUACGUGACCAUACCGCGGCGGCCGCGCGUGCCCAGCUGGGCCAGCAGCACCGGCGUCGGUGGGACGUCCGCGUCCACGCCGACUGCCGGCCACGUGGACGACCCGCUGGGUGUGGGCCGGCUAUGCGAACCGGUGUACGACAACCUGGGCCCGCGGACCACGGCCGACGGCAGUUCGGUGCUGUCGCUGACCAAGGCGGUGGCCGACUCGGCGGCCGUGCAUAGGCCCAAGCCGCAGUACAGCCAGACGCUGCCGCACAAGACCAAGCUGCACGGCGGAGGCGGCGGACACCGUCCCAGAUUCACCGCCGACGACGCGCAGGACGCCCGCAGAGUACCGUCGCCGGCGCCCAGAUCGCCGGACAAGUCAUCACCGUCACAGGUUUCUGGCCUGCCGCAGCACAACGCUCUGCCGCCGAACUACUCGCCACUGGUGGAGAUGGACGCAAGGAACCGGAGCAGCUGGGCGCCAAGCCGGGUCGGCACUCCCGAGUCGGGCGUCCUCAAGCCGGCCAGCCAGACGAGCGUCAAGCGAAAGGUACCGCCCAAACCGCCGCCGAAGCCCAAAAUGAAGGGCGGCCCGUUGUUCGAAGACGAAGGCGAGGACGGCACCGAAGUCUAA